UCAUGAAAUUGAUGAAGGUAAUGUUGGAGGAGCCCUUGAGUCAUGGACAGUUCUACGACAGAAGGGAAUCUGCAGCUGUAACAGUUAACAUUCGGGAGAAGAAACCCAGAUGAGUGACAGCACGAGAUCUUCGGAGGGAAUGAUUUGAAUGUCACAAUUUAAGAGAGGCCCUUGGAAAAUUGAUGAAGCGCUCCAAGAUUUUUGAAAUAAUGAUACUCUAUGAUUUGCCCACAAAAGUCAAAUGCAAAAGGACAUGAUAUCAUGAUACCAUAUAAUUUUGUUAGAAAAUUUAGCUUUUGAAAAUCAACACCAGAUUCAUUUUUUGUUUUAAUAUUUAACACUUUUGUCCAACUAAAAAUGUACUAAACAUGUUUUUUUCUUAAUUUCUUAAAAGGCAAAACUCCAAUCAAAUCUUCUUUUGGCAUUUUGAAAUCUCUGUUCCUAAAGGCUUCACUUUCUGUGGGUUUGGGGCAAGCUAUCAAUAAUCUGAGGAAACUGGGGGCCUCUAUAAUGUCUUUAACGUAUCUUCCUCGUGAGCAGGUACUCAUUGGGAACAGCCUCCUGGCUAUGCUUUGUGGAUACUCCCUGAACACUGCAUAGAGCCAAGAAUAUGGCUCUAUGGACCCAAUGACUAUGUCACCGUAGAUCUACUGUUUCAUUGGUUCACAUAGCAAUAUUGCUGUUAAGAAAGCCACUGUCCCAUGAGCUGGCAUUUGUUCCUGAAAUCCUUCAUAGCGGGCCUGUCACAAACUUCCUGCCAAUAGCACUUUCACAGUCUGGAUACUUCUAAGACCAAUUCAAGCAUAUAAAGUCGUGUUAGGAAAUAAGUCCCGAAUCCCAAAGGCCCAGCUAAGUAGGGCCACAUGUGAGAACAGGUGUGCCACUUCACUGAGCAGGAAUCUGGAGAUGUCAAGCAUUAGAACCACUCCAACUCAACCCGGCCCGCAGUCACACUUCUGGGCCGUGUCAAUAAAUGUCUCAAUGAGGGUGGGAAUUGAGAAAUUCUCGGCAUGAAUUCAGAAUUAGUGGAACCAAAUUAGCACUUUCUCUUUUUAAAGAGACUACUUGGGGAGAGGGGUCCCCCUUUCUGUCUUUUAAAAAGUAGAAAAGAAAAACGGAGUCUGUGAUUCUAAAAAUAGCAUUCAUUCAAAAGAUUUCCAUCUCUUAUGUAACAUUCACAGCAUGCAACGCCACUUGUCUUAACAUCCCUGAAGUCUAAGCUCUUUCAACUGGAUUGCAUCCUCUCUUGCAAGAGAAGGACGCACCAGGCUAUUUUCCUUUUCAUUAUCAGCGUAAUUUCCACUCCUUUGCAAAUAAGAAAGGAACACCACAUACUUGGCUGAGCAGACCCUUUCAACCCUACCCCUCCCAGAAGGGCACUCUGUGUUCUGCAACCUAUCAGUCAGCUCUGGAGCAAGAGCAAACAAUGCUUUCAGUUACAAUAACUCGUAUCCAGGAAAAAAAAAUAAAACAGUGGCUCUGUAACAUAGCAGCCAGAGGAAAGUUUACUAACUUUAGCCAAUCAGAGCCUGGGGAGCUCAGCCAAGUUAACAUGUUUCUCUCCGCCUCUAAAUGAACUCAUGAUUGAAAUACAACAUUGAACUUGUUUUAAAAAGGGAAGGGGUGUAGGAAAGAAAAGCGAAGGCAGUAAAGGGCUGGGGCUUGUGGGGAACGUGGUUAGGAAGUGUGUGCUUGUCACUGAACCCUCAGUGGAUCCUGUAACCUUUGCCUCCCACUGGGCGGAGUAGGGCCUUUAAGAGCAGCUGGAAUGCAGUUCCUCUGAUCAGCUUAGCCAGUUAUUCCCUGUCUGAACCUCUGCUAGCCCUAGAGAACUGCUCCGUUCAGACCAACGGACCUCCUGCGCUCUUCACCCCAGCCCACUUCUUGCCAGAGCAAGAAACUUCCAACGGGAAAGUAGGUUCCCAUCUAUCCAGCCAUGGGAGAAGACGCUGCACAAGCAGAAAAGUUUCAGCACCCAAAUGCUGACAUGCGCCAGGAGAAGCCAUCCAGCCCCAGCCCAAUGCCUUCCUCCACACCGAGCCCCAGCCUGAACCUGGGGUCCACAGACGAGGCCAUCCGGGACAACUCGCAGGUGAAUGCUGUCACUGUACACACACUCCUGGAUAAGCUAGUCAACAUGCUGGACACCGUGAGGGAGAACCAGCACAACAUGGAGCAGCGGCAGAUCAACCUGGAGGGCUCGGUGAAGGGCAUCCAGAACGACCUCACCAAGCUCUCCAAGUACCAGGCCUCCACCAGCAACACAGUGAACAAGCUGCUGGAGAAGUCUCGCAAGGUCAGCGCUCACACGCGCGCAGUCCGAGAGCGCCUGGAGAGGCAGUGUGUGCAGGUGAAGAGGCUGGAGAACAACCACGCCCAACUCCUCCGACGCAACCACUUCAAAGUGCUCAUCUUCCAGGAAGAAAGUGAGAUCCCUGCCAGUGUGUUUGUGAAGGAGCCGGUUCCCGGCCCCGCAGAAGGCAAGGAGGAGCUCGCUGAGGAGAACAAGUCCCUGGAGGAUACUCUACACAACGUGGACCUCUCCUCCGAUGAUGAACUGCCCGGUGAUGAGGAAGCCCUGGAAGAUAGCGCAGAGGAGAAGGUGGGAGAAAGCAGGGCAGAGAAAAUAAAGAGAUCCAGCCUGAGGAAAGUGGAUAGCCUCAAGAAAGCAUUUUCUCGCCAGAACAUCGAGAAAAAGAUGAACAAGCUGGGGACAAAGAUCGUGUCUGUUGAGAGGAGAGAAAAGAUUAAGAAGUCGCUCACACCCAACCACCAGAAAGCAUCUUCAGGGAAAAGCUCCCCCUUCAAGGUUUCUCCCCUCUCUUUUGGUAGGAAGAAAGUCCAAGAGGGAGAAAGCUCUGCGGAAAACGAUCCCAAGUUAGAAGACCAGAUGCAGAAUGACCGUGAGGAGGGCUCCUUCACAGAAGGUCUUUCAGAAGCAUCCCUCCCCAGCGGCCUGGCGGAGGGCAGCGCAGAAGAUGCAGAGAAGCCAGCCUUGAAAGGGAACAACUCCGGCGUGGGCAGCAACGCUGACCUGACCAUUAUGGAAGAUGAAGAAGACGAUUCAGCGGACCUGCAGCAGGUGAGCUAUGAAAGCGGCUACAUGCUCAACGCCGAAGAGAUGGAAGGAUCCAGUGAGAAACAGGUCCAGCCGGCUGUGCUGCACGUGGACCAGACUGCCUGAGUGCACAGCCACAACACUGGGCCAGCUGCAGAACCCAGCGCUGGCUCAGCAGCAUCUGCAUCCCGGAAACCACCUCUGCACCUCUCCAUCUCCACCUGCUUCCCGCUGUGACUGUCCAGACCAUAAUUACUGGUCAUACAGUAUCCUCAAGAUCAAGGAAGCAAACCGCCAGGGAUUCCACUUUUAAUUUGCUCUUAGGUUCUGUUUGUGUAGAAUUUCUCCACUAUUGGAAGAAGAAAGAAACGGAGCAGUUAAAAGUCACCAAUCUAUUUGGCUUAGUCAGAAAACCUAAAGGAUAUUUAAGACAGUAGUCAUGAAAUGUGAUUUUUUUCUCAUCAUACUAUCAGCUUGCUGAAUAGUGUAGCAGUAAUAUAGUGAAUUCUUACUAAAGUCUAUGAAUGAUUAUUCUUCAAAUAUGUGAUAUAGAAUACACAUAAGUCCGUAAGCUGCAGAUAUAACUCUGUAUUUUAAGAAAAAAAACAUUUACAAGUGAUAGAGCAGAAUUCUCGGCUGAUUAUUCUCUCACAGAGGCCACUGUUUAUUACAAAUGGGGGCACUAAAAGGCUAUGAUGGUCAGGUAAGAGCAUGAGGGAUGCUAGGCUAGAAAACUAAGAUGGAAGGAUUGGAAAAUGAGAGAAAUGGAAAAAAAGAAUGCCAAAAAGAAUGAUGACAAAGAGAAACAAAGGAUGUGCUUAAAAAGUGAACUGUUGAGAUUUUAAAUCUAUUUUGCUCUUCAGAUAACAAUAUGAAAGAAGUUCAUACGUCUUGCAAGAAUAUGUCUUAUCUUCCCAAUAUUUUCAUAGUCUAGUAUAAAAUAAUAUAACCAGAUAUCCUGAUAUAAAAGUUGUGGUUCUUCUUGCUAAAUAAAUGACAGAACACAUCCUCCUGUGAAGAAGUGAAAAAGGACAUUGUCUCUUUAACAUUGGCAUACUAUGUCUGUAAUCAGUAGCAUGUACUCUUCUGUGGGAAAGCCAGUCACAUGAUUCUUCAAUAUUUUUUCAUUUUGAAGUCACCUUUCCACUCCAAAUAUGAUAUAGGUUUAUGAGGUGUUCAAACCUGCAUGUUUAGGAAGAGAAAAUUUCAGUUUUCCCAUUUUUAUAUACACAAUGGUAGCGUCAUUCCAGGCAAUGUUUUAUUUAUACAUUAAUUUCACAGGAUCUUAAUGUGUUUUAACUCCUAAAAGCAUACUAGUAUUUUAUGCCAUGUGUAUGCUCAUUCUGUCUAACAUACUAAAAAGUUGCUUUAUCUUUUUUCAUUACAAAAUGCCGAUGUUUUCUAAAUUACAGUGUAAAAAUAGGAGACCCGGGCUUGAACUCUCUCCUCUGAGUGUGCAGUACAACAAGUGUCUGAAUGGCUGGUGAUUCUAAGGAGCAGUCACAAGCUGCCUCUGACUGUAAGAAAGGGGAUGAGAUGAAAACAGUGUGUUGAUGGCGUGGCCUAUUCAUCUGUGCUCCUAUGUGGCAACAAAUGUAACCCCAUAUACCGAAUUAUUGAACUAACAAUGCUUGUGUGACAUAAGAUUAAAUAAAUCAAAAAUAA